AUGCCAGUCAUACCUUCUGACACUACAAACAUCCCCCCAACGGGCAAUAGCUCCAACCAGAAUGAACAACAAAAGGCCACUGCUCAGGAUUUUCUGUCGAAAGGGCCACAGAUCCCGGACAAUAUGCCACCCAAAGCUUCCAGGGAGGAGAUUGAAGCACGCAAAAAAGAGCUGAAUAAAUAA